UGGAACCCACAAUAUCCCUAAUAACGGGGGGGUUUAUCAAGGGAUGCCAGUACAACAGAGCCAAUUAGGGUACAUGGGCCCUCAGGCAAACCCUAUCCCGCAGAUGUCUCACAACCAGUUCAUACAACCUGGCAUUGGUCCCAUUAAUACGCAAAGGGGACAUUUCCCGAUCAACCAGCUCAAUACAAAUGGUUCAACUCAGGGUACUUUAGUUCAGGUCCCUAAUUCAGGAGCCACAGGUCUUCAGAACACACUAUACAAUGGCAUCCCGAUUGGACCACGCAUUCUGACAGGUAUGGGUAAUCCUUCCCAGUUCUCAUGGUCUGCACCAUUAGAUUCUCACCUUAAUGAGGCAACUAAACAAAAGAUCAUUAGUGAAGAAUAUAUAGAUUUCAAAACCUUAUUGCCAGCCUCAGUCAAGAAAAAGAAAAAGAAGCCAGCUUUUCAAUUCGAACAGAAACAACAAGAUGACGGCGAGUCUAUGCUCAUCAUAGCGCCAGAGAAAGAUGAUCAAGAUCUCUCUUAUAAAGAAUGGCAACAGGCCUUCAAUAUCUUCUGUACAACUUACAUAAGACAACAUAGUCACGAGGCCGCAAACUUGAUUAAAUAUGGUGACAAGAUUAGGGAGCUCUCUAAUAAUCCCGAGAGCAACUGGAGAUACUAUGGCGAAAGAUUCAGGGAGAAUAAGAAACAUGGACUUCAAUGGCAUACAUGGUAUAACGAUUUCAUGCUUGAGGCGACAUGGGUACACAGAGUGCCUAGACAAGUUCAAGGGAAGUGGAAACCCAAUGGCAAAGGUCAGAAUGGAAAGAACAAUUCUUUUCGUGCCAUUUGCAAUCAAUGGAAUUCAGGGAAGUUCUGUCCUCACUCUACAUGCCCAAGAUCCCACAUUUGCUCAAGCUGCAAGGGCGACCACAGGGUUACAGAUUGCAACAAUAAGAAAGAGGAAAAUGGAUGGGGAAAUCGUAGCAAGUUUGACAACAAAAGGAAAAACAAGACCCAGCCUUUCAAACGAAAUUGACAUGACAUCAAAUCCAAUAAAAACUUUUAUCGACGAAAAUAAAAUUUCGCCUUAUCCCGACUGUUUUGUACAAGACACUCCAGUGAAUCCUUUAGUCCUUUUCGAUAUUCUUGAAGGCUACGAUACAGACAUUCGUAAUUUCCUAUUUGAAGGUUUCUCCAACGGUUUUGCCAUUCCCUACUUUGGGGAUCUCCCUUGUUCUUCAAGUAAAAAUCUAGCAAUCCCAAAAGACAACCCUGAAGCUCUUCAUAACAAAUUACAAUCCGAAAUCGAUCUUGGUCACAUUGCAGGUCCUUUCACAAGCCCACCCUUUAAGAACUUGGUAAUUUCCCCCAUAGGGGUAGUUCCGAAGAAAACGGUGGGAAAGUUUCGCUUCAUUCAUCAUCUGUCUCACCCAGAAGGUUUUUCGGUAAAUGACGGAAUUGACGAAAAAUAUGCAACAGUCAAAUAUGGUUCAGUUGAUGAAGCUAUCGAGCUAGUUCGGGAUGCAGGUCCGUCAGCCUUCAUGAGUAAGACAGACAUAGAAAGUGCAUUCAGAAUUGUCCCAAUUCACAAGGACUUUCACUUUUUGUUAGGGAUGUCUUUAGAAAACAAGUUUUACUUUGACACAAGACUUCCUAUGGGACUGAGACAUUCAUGCCAACUUUUUGAG